AUGGUGUCGGACACGGUCUACGAGAUAUGCUUGCCCGUGCUGCAGGACCCCGCGCUACCUGAGGAUGACAAGGCCGAUCGCGUCGAGGACCUCCUUCGCCAAGAGGCCCGUCUGACAGGCAAGGCUCUUGAGGAUGCCGUCCUGGGUGUGCUCUGGCGCCAUCGCGACCACCUGCAAGGCUCGACCUCGCCGCCGCCCUUACGCGCCACUGUGAUUCGUCGUUCAUCGCCCGCCCCGUGGCAGCAGUCCCGCUCCGUCUCUGCCACAGCCUCGCCGCGAUCCCAGAGCGCCACUAUCCAUCCUCCGCCUGGCUUCGGCCCUGCUCCUCCCCAGUUCAACCGUGCAAUCUCUUCGACCGCCUCUCCCUUCUCCUCUCCGCGUCCCUCACCGCGCCUGGCCUUUGCGACUCCUCAGAUCCCCCACAGCCCCAGCUUGAGCGCCUACCAGUUCAGCGACCCCACCCAUUCCACCGAGCAAUAUGGCGAUUACGGAAGCGACAAUGUCGAUUGGAUAGUCAACGACGAUGCCAGCAGCAAUGCUUCCUUCGGCGACUCCACCUUUGCUUCCUACGCCUCCGACUGGGUCCAGCCCUCCAUGGUCGAAAUGUCCAACUACGACAUGCUGCGCUCCGUCUUACGUGAUGAGAAGUCCGACGAGGAGCUAGAGCAGGUUCUCCAACUGAAUGGCUACGACUUCAGUCAGACCAUUAUGGCCCUAGCAGACCCGCAGGCCUUGAGCGCAACAGAAUCCCAGAGCCGGACAUAUCUCGUUGGGAAAUCAAUGAGCCCUACCUCAAGGCCGCUGUCCCCUUCGAACCAGCCAAAGAGCGGCAUCGUGUGCAAGUACUGGCUCUCGUCGGGCCACUGUGCCAGGGCCGACUGUCGCUUCAGUCAUGAUCUUAGUAACCACCUCUGCAAGUACUGGUUGGCCGGAGGCUGCCUUGCCGGCGACUCUUGCAUCUUCUCCCACGACCCCUCUGCUCUCAUGACCAGGUUGACCAUGGAAGAGGGCGCAACUCCUCCGAUUCAGUCUCUUCAACCAAACUUCCAGCUCCAAGACUACGAUUCUUUUCCUGCUCUACAACCUACCAACUCUAAUCCCUAUGACCAAUCUUAUGACCCUAGUCUGCUUAAUUCUCUCCAAUCACCGCCCUCGGCCGCUUCUACAAUGAAUCCCUUUGCCAUGUUUGUGCCUUCGAGCAAUGCAAGCAUUCGCUCCUCGUCUAGGCCCAACAGUCGCCACCAGUCUCGGACUGCUACUCCUUCGACUCUGGCUGUCAACGACGACGAGGCCUUCCCUACCUUGGGCUCCGCUGCUGCCUCACGAUCUUCUCGUCGCCAUGGGAAGCGAGGUCACGGCCACGCCGCCAGCAGAGAAAGCCCUGUCCCUACGCCUUCGUCAUUGGCUGACGUCGUCCGCAUGACUCCGUCACCCUCUCCCCAGGUUCAGUCUCGAAGAGGAUUGCGGCCCUCGAAAAGCACUGGCUCUCGUGAAAACAGCACAGCUGCCAUGGCUAUAACAGCGCCAGAACACAUUCCUUGGCUGGAAACUGGAGACUUUGCGAAUAAGGCAUAUCUCAAGGCCAGAGCUGAAGCUUUCCGGCACGGCGGUUUGAGAAACAAAUUCCUACAAAGUGCUGCUCAAGCUUGGAACAGAAACGAUGCUCGUGGCGCCAAGGCACUUAGCCUCAGAGGUCAUAACGAGAAUCUGGCAAUGAAGGAAGCCCACCGUGAGGCAGCUCGCUGCUUGUACGAAGAACGUAACAAGAACUCUGGGGUUGGAAAGGAACUAUUCGUGGAUCUACACGGUCUGCAUCCCGAAGAAGCUGUUCAGUACUUGACGUCGUGCCUGCUCGACCACAGUUCAUCUAGCAGACCUAUUUACGCCAUUUGCGGCACCGGGCACCAUUCGAAGAAUGGAAAGGACAAAGUCGGCAAGGCUGUCCGUCAAUUCCUGAACGAAUGGCGUUAUGCGUUCCGCGAAUUCAGCGUGCCUGGCGACCGCAAUAACGUUGGCGGUAUUCUAGGCAUUGAUCCUAGUAGUUACGACAGGGAGUGUGCAAAGAAGACUCAAGAGGGAGGGCCAGGAUCUGAAGCCGAUAGUGGAGUGGGCUUCUUGAGCAGCAGUGCCGAAGAUACCAAGGUCCGUAUUCUAAGAAGGGAGGAAUAA